AUGGAGAACCGACGCAUGUCGCGCGAACUCGCGGCAUCACAUGUCCUUGCGUGGACAACGUCCCAGUCCGUCAUGGUGGAGCCGUCAUUAGAGGAAGACUUGGAGACCGAUGCGGAUGAACCCCCGGAUUCGACAUUGCUACCCAUGCCACCACACUUUGAGCGCGCUCCCGUUCGCAGGGGCAGCCCACACCAAGAGUCCAUGUUGACCAAGGCUCUUCAUAACCCCUCCGACUCUGACCAUGCCGAGUCUGAUUAUCAACCACGCCGACUGGGAAGGAGACGCUCCAUCACCAGCACUUUCAGCCUGGCUUCGACUGCCGACUACACCUGCGAUACCGGAAUCACAACCCCUCCUCGUACUACUUCACCGAGCCCACGUCGCACCGGUAUCACCUUCCGACUCUCGUCCAAAGUCACUGACACGAAGCCCAGCACUGUCAUGGAUGAAGGACUCCAGGUAGCCCCGUUGGCUGCUGCCACGCCGGCGCCAGAGAAGAAGCGAUGCAUCUCUUUCGCUUGCGCGGCCAAGCCCCCAGUCAACGAUCAAACAUUGACGCACGCCCCGCCCACGCCAGUCAAGGAGGAAGUAAAGACUCAGGAAGCGCUCAAGAAACCGACCAUCAAGUUUGCUUGUGCUCCCCAUCCACAGAGAGAUCAGCCUUCGCCAACUCAGCCUAUCCGUCCCGCUACACCGCUCCCAACAUCGGUUACCUCGCCACUCAAGGAAUUGUUUGAAAUGAGCCCCAAAAAUCUGUCUCGCAGAAGCUCUGUGGCUACUAUUUCAAAGAAGUAUCUUACUGCCCAGCUCGGAGAUUUGCAGAGCGAGCGUGCCCGUUUCCACGAGUUCGCGAGCGAUGAGCCUCAGGAAGAAGACUGGAUACGCGAGGAUUUGACUUCCAAGCCUAAGCUUACCAUCGACGACACGCUCAAGAAGGAGCUCGCUAUUCGCAAGAUCGGAAAGGAAGCUGAGGAAGAGGCCGAGCUUGAGGAAGCAAUGCAGUCGGGCGAAGCGCUCGAGAAUGAUGAGGAGGAGGCGGGCGGCGAUGAGGACGAGGAAGACGAUAAUGAGGACGAAGAUGAGGACAGCAUGGACGACGAUGAGGACGACAACGAAGACGAGGACGAAGACGAAGAUCUCAGCGAUGGUCACUCCGUCUCUGUCUGGGAUGAUGCGUCUGACGGUUACAAGACCGACUCCGAGAUUGGGUUCGGCGAGUCCGACGAUGAGGAUGACGAUGACCUGGUUCUUUGGACUACUGGUGGUCUUGCCGAUCUUUCAUUGUCUGGUGCUACCCCUGUUUUUCGUCGGGGUUCCGUUGACGAGUCCUCUGACUCAUCUGCUGGCUCAGACGGCAACAACGUUGCUCGCCGUGCUCUAAAGAGGCGCGACACGAUUAGGACUCGUGACUUCCGCCCCGCUACCCCUGAUUUGCCUGACAGCACAGAUUUCGUUUGCGGUACCUUGGAUGAGGAUCGUCCCUUGGAGGCGGCUUACUUGGAGCGCAUGGCUGCCCGCAAGCAGAACAAGCUCGUCUUCAUUCCUCAAGACAUUGAUCCCAGCUUUCCCACCUCGGAGCCUGAGGAUGAGGGGGAGGAGUUGUAUAACAAAAGCGCUCACGGAAAUGACGAUAGCGAAGACGAUAUGUGGCAGUUGGAAGAUUUACACUCGGAGCGUGGCCGCAUUGGUCGUGCAAAGAAGGCUCAGAACUCGCCUAGGCGAUGCCGCUCACCUCCGCCCAAGAGGCGUCUUUCUCUCUGCCCCAAGAAGUCUCGCGGCCGUAAUGAUCGCAACCUCUUCGACCGCUCUUCUCCCCGCAGGAUGAGAUCACCUCCGCCUCCUGUUUUGUCCGCAAAGUCUCCCCGUGCUUCUCCUGCUAUGGGAGCCGACGGCGUUGCGUUCAAGUCACUCGCAUUCAGACCGGGCCUGACAUUCACCAAGUCACUGCCCAAGGGACCUGUCAUGUUCCCUCACAUCAACAAGCAGCAGCCUCGCAGAUCCCGUGCUGGCACCAUCACCCAAGACACUCACGUUCGGGGUGCCAUUGACAUUGUCAAGGGUUUGGAGGAGAAGCGCCAGAGGCGCAAAGAAAAGUAUUAUCAAAAGUAUUGCACCCGGGCCCGCAAGGAGAAGGCUCAGCCCAAGAGACCUCCUCCAGGACAAGGUGCUGAGCGCAUGCGUGAAGUUGGUCUAAUAAUGGCUGGCAAGAUCGGCCAGGGCAACUAUGUUCUUUCUUAUUAA